AUGACGUCGUUUGGUUCGGGUCGGUACCGGGAUGAAGAUGGCUCCAGGAUUGCUGACAGUUAGUUUGAAACUUACUUUAGUUUGCAAAAUGACUUAUUCUUCUAUCGUCAACGUUUGCGUUUGCGAUUUCAAAACUGGAAUCACCAAAUGUUCAUUGCGUCACUUUGCAUUUAGUCGCCUACCAGUUCUGAGAUUUUAAUUAGAAAAUAGUAUCGGCGAUCAUAUGCAGACAUUAGAGAACGACCGAUUGAGUGAACUAGCCUGAUCUAAGCUUACUAGGUAAAUAUUUCCCGUUUGCUAAGGACACCAAAGUAAGUCUUGAAAGCAUUUUGCAUUUCUGGGAGAAGUUAUCCAUCUUUGAGAAACAUAAUAGGAUAACUUAUUCUCACACAUUAAUCAUUAUAAAUACGCGCAUUUCCCUUAACAGAUUAUAUUUCAUCCAAGGAUGGAGUACUGUUCACAAAAGCAACACGCGGGGGUAGAUAUUUAUUUAUAUUUCUUACAUUUGGCAUCCUAAAUGCACUUGCUGAGUUGCUGAUGUGUGCUUUUUGCUUCCAUUAUUUUCACGACAUUUAUUCAAAGAGAGUGUCAAACCUGUUUUUGGGAUAUUUUAGAAAACGUUACCGGUUAUUACACCCCAAAUGAGGGCAACUGUCCCUGUUUCGGUGUGUGAAAAGAUAACUUAUAUUGUUCUUAAAUCACACUUUUACCUUGCAGCAUGUAAGACGACAACAAUUGCUGAGAUUACACAUUUUAUUAUACAGGUCAAUCUCAGUGCCGUCCCACCAGCCGUUGCGUUCGUGCCCCAGCAUGCUGUAAGUGGCCGUUCAUUCUCUCGUCAACUGCAUAUCGACAAUCCGAUCAAUCGAACCCAAUAACCCACAUAUUUUGAUAAACGUUUCCUUCUUAACCAAUAGAUGAAUUUACAAGCGACGUAAAACCAGGUAUCACGAAGCAGUACAGGGUCGUUCUCAUUUUAAACAAACCUAAUUGUUACCCCCUGCCAACUGGUGUCGCUGGUUUUCGUUUGCUGCCUCAUAUUCGACAUCCUGCAGAGGGAAGCUAACCCCUUUCGCUCUCGUGAUGACUACGUUUUUUGUCAUUUGUCAGUUUUUGGAUUUUGUGGUGUCCGCCUGCAGUGUAGCAUGUUGCGUUCGUAGAGCAAUGCCAGCUGAUUUCUCGCGAGGUGGCCGUUUGCACUGUCACCAUAAUCGUGCCCUCUAUGCACGUCGGCACCUCAAAUACUGAUGUUUGAUUUAGCCCGCAGUAGCAUUACAGGCGGAGUCGUUAAUUAGCAUACUCACUCCCAACUUUGUGUUUUAAAGCUCGGAACUUCCGCGACGAUGACGAUCUGCCGAUCUUCCCACUGUACACGCCAAGUAGGUUACACAGGUUGUGAGAUCUUGAUACCUGUCCUCUGGCAGACUCGACGCCUAGUCCUUCUUUACGUUCUUUCCCCCUCUCCCCCUUAAAAGAGUCCAAAAGGCAGGGGCGUCGUCGUCGUUCAAUCUCAUCCUGCUCUUCCUCAUCAUCCUCAUCUUCUUCAUCUUCAUCGUGCACGUCUUCUUCUUCCUCCUCCUCCUCAUCGUCAUCCAUCUCCUCAUCUGAGAGCAGUUAUGAAGAAUGUGAGUUUUUUACGAUAUCUUACUCUGAUUAGGAGCGAUAAUUUUUUCCUGAAUUCUCUUAAUAUCGCACAUCUAAAACUGUUUUUAGGUGGACGAUGCGCGGACUGCAGACGAAGGAACGGUUAGUUUGAGCAUUUGUGUGUGUGAGUGGGUGUGUGUGUCAAGGUGAACGACCUCGUAGUUCAGCUGGUCUUGUGUUAAAUUUCAGGGGAUAUUAGGAGUAAGGUCAGUUAAGGUUGUGGCUGAAGUUAGGGCACGAAAAUACCUACUGUCCGGAAUUUAGCACAAAAUCACAUGCAGUAUGACAGGGUCCUUACUCUCGUCUCCAGCCAUUUCAUCGAUUUAGGCCUAUAUGUUAGCUUGGUGUUUUCUAAACCCUCCAUAUACUCAUGGCUCCCUGAAUACGCAUUUCCGCAAGAACGUCAAUACUGCCCAACUAUGAGGCUAACUUACUGUCGCCAGUCAUGGACCUAAUAUAAUAGGUUAGGAGGCCUUAUGAAGUGAGGUAUAUAAGCAUGUCAAGUGGGCGUUUGACCCUCACUGUUGUGGUUAGGAUCUCACUCGAUCCCAUUCUGUCCGCCCGCCAGCUUGCUACUGGCGACAACGAACGCUGUGUCAGAGGACACAUACCACAUAUAAUACAUGAGCAGCUCGCUAAGAGUGCAGCAGGCCAGACGCAGACAGCUGUUUCAAGGACAGAAAGGAAUCGAAUGAGAUCCUAACCACAGCAGUGAGGGUCAAACGCCCACUUGACAGAUAUAUAUAUAUAUAUAUGCGUACUGAUAGAUGGAAGUUUAACGAUCGGUUUGCGGAACAUGCUUAGCUAUGCCGGUCUCCUUUGUUUUUGUCGGAACCAUCUCAUAUGUAUACAUACAUAUGCAGUUGCAAUCUAGCGAUCUCAUGCGCAGAAGAUGCAGGUUUUUAAAAGACGCAGAAUUAUAAGUUCUUGCUGAUAUGUUUAAUUUAACCUGUGGUGCCGUUACCCCUAUACCUGCUUACUGCUCAACACUCUGUGGUUUUAUUGUCCCUACAGCAUCCAAGUGCCGAUCGGGUAAGCUUGAAAAUUCAUUUUCAUAACCAGACUGAUCUCGUUGGCCUGCAAGAUUACAAAAAUACUCUAUCAGUAUAUUUAUACGGCUGGUUAGCAUAGGUGGCUAAUUGGUCAAAAUGUGACGUUGGUUCUAUUCACUUCUGUAUUCACAUUUCUGUAUUAAAAUCCAAAGCAAAACGGGAAGUGCAAUCGGCAAGUUGGACUCCCAUGUUAGAUGCUAUGCCGUAUGCCAAUUAAUAAGACAACGAGUCAGUUUCUUAAUAAUAGACAGUUGAAGUUAACGUCCAGCGACCAAAUAGCCCGGGGCCGAUUUCCAGCUUUGAAUAGGGCUUUUUAAUAGCGACUGGUAGGCAGAAAACGGUUCUGGCGGUCCCGCUUGUCAUUGUCGUUAUUUUCCCUUAAUGGUCCUGAUGUAUGUUGAUUUCGGGCUGGUUUCGUCUCCAGUCUUUCACUGUUUCUACCAAGACCGACACGUCACUCCCACUGUGUGUUGCUGCCUGCAUGUAUCCUUACCACAUUCCAUAAUCUGGGGGGAGGCGAUUGCUUUUAAGAGGCCUUUCGAGUCGAGGGCUUGCAAAAAGAUGUUAGGGUGAAAAAACGUCAAGGAGGUCAGUGAAAUUUCUAUCCUUUGGUAAGCAAAGGAACCCGAAGAAUAAUAGACCUGAUCACACGAGAUAAGAGAAGAAACAUAAUGUCAUUAUGUGGCACCCCUGGAUUACGUAAAACCAUUUUCUCUUACGUCUGCUUCUUCACGUAGUUUUUAAAAAAGGUGUCCUCACUGGAAAUGCUGAGUGCUUCUAUGAUUGUAAAUUUCAAUGAGCCAUGUGCGUCGCUAAUUUAAAACAGCAUGCAAGAUCUGUCUUUGAGGCCACACCCUUACUCUCUCACUUUUGAGGGAAACGCGAACAAACGCUGACCUUCUGCUGAGAAAGUCCGCAUUAUUUAAAAUGUAACACUCCCUCGAUGAAAGUUUUGAUGUUUUCGGAAGCUGUUUGACUUAGCGAAAAUGAGAGGAAUUCUUUCAUUUGUUAAAUAAGGACGAAAAAUGUACUUUUCGAAACUCUGGCAUACAAAUGACGAAAUAUUAGUAAACCAUUAGCAUUGGAACAUAAUUAGGUAAAAGCUAAUGCAUGAUAAGAUUACAUUAUAAGGUACAACAAACUAUGAGAUGCAACAUUUAGUAUUUAUUUUAUGGUUAUAUUUUGUGAUAUGUGAUAUGAUAUAAAAGAUAACGUAAUAAAAUGCAUAAUAUGGUAGUCACAUUAUACCACCAUGUUCUUUUUCAAAUUCUUCCUCUUACAGCGUCCAAAAAGAGAUAUCGUGAGUAAAGAAACAAUUUUCAAUGUACAAAUGUUUAGUCAGUUGGCUCUAAAACGGGCCUUAUAGUUCUAAGAAUGCGCGUUAUCCACGUUUCACCUAAGGCAUCUUUGCCUGCAAUCUGGAGAGAUGAGAGACGUUAAUUCAACGUAACCUUGAAUAUUACCCAUCGCAGGUGUUGGCUCUCGACUCAACGGUAGAGCGUUUAGCUCGUGCUUAAUUCUGAAGCCAGAGAAGGCUAACAGACAGAAAAUAAAAAUUCCACUAAAGUGUGCCUUUUGUCGUUCAGCAAUGUUGGUGGUCUCAGGUCAAUUUUUACAUAUUAAUGUCGUCGUCAAUGUUCAAGAAACAUUUACAAAGUCACGCAGACAAUUAAUUUCACAACGCACAUAGAUUGAGAGGUAGUGCAAAUUCAUUACGGUGGUAACUAAGAGAGAGCCACCCUUAUGUGAUAAAUUUAACUACGAAAACUGCUUUCCAUCCUGAUAAAAGUAAACAAGCGACUGACGAUUUCGCACUCAAAAAAGCUUGCGCGGGAUUGUUGAAAUUUUUUCUACUCGUUAAUACACGCUGUGAUAUAUAGUAAAUUCAUAUAUUCUACCUUCAGCAUCAAAAAAUAGAGCUGGCAAGUGGGAAACUUGUCUCAUUCAAAUAAAAAUGAAUCCUUAUUUAAAUGUUCAACUUAUUGGCCAGUCUCAAAUUCCAAAUCAACCACAUGUCUUCCGUCCAAUCAAAAUAUAAUACAUUUCGAAGUGAUUGGUUAGGAAUUAUGCCCAUAUCAUGAAUGUUCCUUAGUUAAGAUCCCCUUAAAACACCAACUUGGCAUCUGUGGUCAUUUCACGCAAGCAACUUAAUGUAUUCAUUGCAAGACUGGAUACUAAAUAUAUCAUACGAUGCUUUGCUCUUUCCGGUCAUGAGUGAGUUCCGAUUCGUUGGAUCAGCGUGCGUUUAACAAUAUGAUCUAAGCUACAAAGGCACAGUUAAACUGCGCAAAUGGCUUCAGUCAAAUGUCAGUGAAAUUCACACCGUUGAUCAUCUCGAACUGGUGAUCGACUUCACGUUUCACGUGCGUAAUUCAAUUUGAUUUAAGCAGGUUCUUCAUUAGUGGGGUGGUAUUUUCAAGCAUUUCCUAUAAUUCAAAUACGGCCGUCUUCCGUUGUUAAACUGGUUUUGUCAGUCAUGACACAAGUGUCAGUUGAUUUGAUGACUAAGAUGUGGUCCGCUUGCGUGUCUAGUUCUGUCGGUUGUAUGGGCGACGUGUGCAUUAGCCGGCAGGCUUAUCGUGCAUCGACAGGUAUCGUCUAAGACAUGGUUUAUGUCGUCUCUAAACCCUUUGCCCCUUGAUGCAGGGUCAGCGGAUGUUGGAUUGCUAGUAUGACGUAGGCAUAGUGUUGACAGACGACGGUUAAUGGGUUGAAAAUGAACAUUCCGGUCCGCUCUACUGAGUACUUUACCAUGCCGACGGCACGGUACUGACUAGAAGUUUUUGACUCAUAUCUGUGCCGUUAUUAUAGUAAAUCACUCAGUAUGUUUACAUCACUGACUGCCUACUGGCAGAUCAUAAAUACUACACGGUUAUUGCGCAGUCGCUAAUGAAUGCCAGGAUGAAUAGUUAUAUCAUCUUUCAAAGAAUGUACUCCAAGUUUGCGCACUAAUUUCCAAAGAAAUUAAAAAGGACACUCUACUCUCUAAAUGUCGUUGAAUGUUGGGCGUCCUUUAUCAGUCUUCAUAUGUUAACUACGUCAUGGAAUGCCGUCGCAGUUCACCCCAAUGGAGAGGCAGUGUCCAAAGUUCACGGCCGAUUUUAGACCGAAAGCUCUUUUAGUACCAAAUGGGCUAAAUAGGGCGGUGGACGACAUCGUACGCAAAAAAUCUGGCACAGAUUUAUUGAAACGUUCUUUGUUUUUAUUAAUACGUCUGCUCAGUGUAUGCCUCAUCUUUCUUUUCUUGCUUUAGCAUCAAAGAAGGGGAAUGGUAUGUGUAAAAAUUUCUUAAAUUAAACCGUCAGAUUGACAUUAAGCUUCAUGUGACAAAUGACUGCCUUUUAAGCCGACACUAGACUGACUGCCUUCUCGAACUAAAAUUCGGGCUACAAUAUGUGUAUUUAGUGCAUCUAUCACAAGACCAUCAACAGUUCUGCUUCUCCAUUUAUUUGAAAGUUGCAUCCAUAGGAUAUAAAGAUGUAAUCGUUGCAACACGAAUCCCAUUGGCCUGCUCUUAUGGAUUCGCACUCGGACCCAUCACUAGAGGCAACCUCAGAAAAGGGUAUUGAAGACACAAGGGGCGCGGUAUUUGUAGGACACAAUAGUCAGUCCGCCAUCGCGUUCACAUCUGGGGGUGAUGUGAUGAUGGCUUGUCGAUCCGCACCCGAGUUUUUAAUUACUGUGAUUUGAUUGUCGUCGUUGAGUCUUGAAGUGAGACGAUUAGCCGGCAAUUUUACUUUCUGUAACCGAAUCUGCCGGUUGACCGCGCCCUCCUCGCGUGGCCAAUUAUUUGACCCAGACAGAAUCGGGACACAAAAAGUGGAAGGGAAAGGUCACUGAGUUUGUUGCUUAAAUGUGGACCGGAGAACCAGAGUUCAGAACAGCGAUUGUCGUCUGUUGCGAGAACUCCGGCCUCAUCAAACUUGAAGAUUUGGCCGGCUCACGCUGACUGUUUUGGUGCUAGGUUCGGGCAAAAAUCCAAGAUGUCAAGCCAAUACCGAUUUUGUUCCCCCAAACGCAUCUUUUUCUUCUUAUUAAAUGCUUCCGGGAACUCGUCUAUUCGCUUCUAUCGGUUGCAUCAUUAUCUUCUGUUCAUAGAGAGGUCGAAGAGUCGACAAAGGCAACCAGCAUGCCGACGUACGUCCAUCUGCUGUGUAUAACCGCAAAAUCCUGAAUCUUAUGCAACACACUAACAAUCCUGCAUCUUUUUCUUCCAGCCAAGUGGGAGCCAACGUUCGACCUGUCUGAGCCCUGUAAGUGUGACCACAGUUCUUCGUGUGACCAUCCGAGAGUUUUUCAUUGGCAUUUACUAACCGCCGCCUUUUUUUCUACCUCCAAAAGGUGAUUUUCAAAAAUGUACCGCAAAAGGUGAGCACAGCUCUUACUACCUUCACAGAAACGGACAAGUUGUUUUGACAUUUGAAUUCCCUUUUUCGAUAGCAAAACUAGGGCGCUUUGUAUGAUUUUAGUAUAUGCGAUAUAUUGGGCAGGUCUGAUCACACAAAGUAAUUUAUUGAAUAGUGACUAAUCAUGGUAAUUUUAAACUGAUUAUUUUGCAGAGCCUAGACAUAAGAAGGGUGAGUCUAAUGAAAAACUUUCAAUCUAAUGAAUAAAGUACCUUCUGUGCACCGAAUCACACAUUAAAAUAAAACCACUUCAUUUUAAAAGGCCAAUGUGACGUCUGCGAGAAGAAACAACACAGUAAGUUUCGAAGCGAAUAAAGCUCCCAAAAAUUGCUUUAACAAAUGCUUUACAUAUUCUCGAAUAUGUGGGAGCUUUUGAAGAAGCAUCGAAACAUUUUGUUUUGUUUUACUGUGCUUGAAAAGAAUGGAUAAGUAAAAAUAAAACUGACCCCCCAUUUUUGAUAAUUCGCCUUUUUAUUCUAGACGUUCGUGAAAACGUUACAAUCGCAAGUGGAAGAAGGAGUAAGCAACGUUGCCCUAUGCGUUCAGUCUGUGUCAAAAACGGGACAUAUUACUGAAUAUAUAUUCCUAUUAUGCAUCUUUUAGGCACAAGCCGAUCAUACAUGAAACCCAGUAAGUUUCAUACUCAAAUUUGCUUUGAUGUAUCUUUUAUACUGGGCAACAUCAGUGGCUGCUCUGAGAACUUCGAGUGCGUCAUUCACAUUGACAGAAAAAUUAUAUCAACUUCCAUUUGUAUAUAAGAAGCAACAAAACCUAUUAAAAGCACCCCGUUGACAUGAAAUUCGUUUGAAAAUCAUUAAAAAGUGUCCAGUCAUAAAACAUUCUGUGACUAUUUACUGCUAUAACUAGUAAAAACUAGUCGUUUCAUUUAAAACCGUUUUUUCAUUGUACCGAUGCGGCGUUAAAUAGCCAUCAGGGGGUUUUGUACGUAAGUGAGGAAAUGGUUUUAACAUUUCUGAGAAUGGAGAAGCCAUUUUUUCUGAGUUUGCUAUCAGUAGCGAGACAUCUCCUACCGAAAUUUGCGGUUAUACUGAUUGGGGAGAACCUCCACCUACAGGUAAGAGCGCAACACGAAACUAACAGAAAAUUCAGCAGAUAUUCCUCGUCUCAGUAAGACCACUGGGAACUCAAUACAAUUUCGGAGGCAAAUUUCCCGAGGCUGCAUUGCAAUAAUACGGUAUAGGGUAGCACAUGGCUAUAAUCUGACGACCGCGCCUGUUAGAAAGACAUUGAUCUAUUUGUCCAAAUACUGGAAAAAAGAGGAAACGAAUAGGCAUCAGAGGGGAAUGACGAGAGGUGUGAAAUCGUUUGGUCCCAGACAACAAAUUGGUCCGAUGUGGUUAUUUAGCCCCACCCGAAGUAAGCAAAUCCCAGUCACCUCUAAUACGGGACCGAUGCUAAUAGUUUUUACAGGUGGGGCCAGGGAACGCACAGACGUCGAGGUCAAGGAGUUGUAUGCAAAAGAAAAGCUAUUGGGAAUGCGCGGUUUUAUUUUGAAUGGCUGAGAAAUAGUUGCGUGAAUCUCUAACUAUAAGCCCUAACCCUAAUUCCAAGCUCUAAUCCCUAACCCUAAACCCUAACCCCAAUCCUUAACCCCAACCCCAGCAGUACUGUGUCCAUCAGCUGGGGCUACCAAACUACAUCUUACCGAAAGAUUAUAUAUGAACGGGUAUUUAGGGAAGAAAGGCUUCCAUGGAGCCCGACAUACAAUAGGUUGUCUAUCUCAUAAAGUGCUAGCCUAGAUUCUGAACUGUCUUUUAAACAAGAAAGGAUUUCUUACGGAAGAUUUUGAUGUUGGUUACAACGCUGCAUAAACUUACAAUAGUUCAGUCGUUCCGAGUUGCUGACUUUUGAAUAAGUUUGUUUCCAGCCACCUGCAUAAACUCGGAAAAAAACGACUGCUUAAGUAGUAUGAGGCUCUCCCAUUGACUUUCGAUGACUAUCCAUAUUCGAAUAUAUUUUAUAUAAAACACGGGCGGAAAUAGCUUUUCUUGCACUCAUUCGGUAGAGAAGUGCAUCGUUUUUCACACUUUAAUGGUUACAUUUAGGGUAUUCUUCGCUUUCCAACAAGGUUGUCAAUUUCCGAAUAAGGUUAAACGCAAACUGUUGUUGUCCGUACGCUUAGAAUAACAAAUCUUCAUGCUGCCUACUUUCUGUGUAAGAAAAAUCACAUAUUUUUCUAAGCUGUUUAGAAGCCACCGUAAAGACCUAAUAGAAUUUUACAAUGGAUACGAACCGUGUUGUUUACUUUAUAACUAGCACUAGCAGAUGUACUGAUGCGAUGCUGUAGUAAAAAUUUUAUAGUCGGAAAUUUUUUACGAACCCGAAGAACGCCUUUUUUGACAGUUGAAAUUUGAAAAAGACAUAACUGUUUUCCAAAAGAGCACAAGUAGAAAUGUCUACUACAUAACUAGUCAUUUUUUACGGAGCGAAGCUUAUGCACUUGACCGGAAAGUAGCUCAUUUAAAAGCCGGCACUCUAGCCUGACUGAAUUGUUGUAAAAUUAUGCCCCACGAUAACUAAUAUUACACCCUCACAUAAAUAGUCCUUCCUAAUCGGAAGCAUAUUGUCGGACGUUGUUCGACAUUUCAUGGGAUGACCCAUCUAGUACGUCUACAAAAGGCUUCUGAACACCAUAAAACAUCGAAUAGAAACUGCAGACGUGCUUUUUUAACACGAAGUAUUGCUUGAAAUGAAUUUAAUCACUGGUCAUCCUGGGGAAUGUUUAAAAAAUGACUGAUACGUAAACGUCCUUACAAAAAUCAGCCGUGUUCGUUACGCAUUUUGACAACUUUCUGUGUUUGUCGCAGGCCAAUAAGCUUUUAUAGGAAUGGCUGACCUAAGGCUCAUUACUGAUAGGCAAUUCGUAGGAACUAAACUUUUAUCUAUAUUUGUGUGUUCGAAGCCUAGUGUAUUUUGAGUAUUCGAAAACACGGGAUAUAUUAUUCUUCGGAAAACCCUCCUUUUUGCAUGUUCUCAAAGGUCUAAAACUACGCAGUUUCUAGAUUCUUCAGCAAAAGUAGGUCUGUUUAUUUUCCUGACAGUAAUGAAGCGCUGAAAUCUAUCUGUAGCAGUCUAUAGGCGUCAAUUAGCAGCUUAGAAAACGUACGAAUAGCAACCUAAACUGCAUUCAAGCGAAGAGUCUAUAAGCUCUCUAACUUGGGUAUUUGACGCUGAUUUCAUCCGAUCCUUUAAAGCCUUUCGAAAACGCAAGGUCUGUUCCAGCCAACAGGAAAAAUGAGUCUUCCUGUCAGUUCUGGUGCUAAUUGAUUGGUGUUUCGAAACAAGUAAAAACUAAAUUAACAAAACUUUGCUCUCAAUUGUUCGUCAGUUCAUUUGAAAAGACAAUUAUAUAUAAAUGAGCCUUACAGUACGUUCCCUGCUAUAGUAGCUUGAAGUAUUACUGUUUUGGAAUACUCGCUCUGCGAUCCCGCUACUUGUGCUUUGGCAAAUAAGUUAACACUCUUCCCAGCUGGUCAAGACAACGCAUAAAAUUCAGACGGGUCUAAUGCUUGGAUCCCUUGCAUCCACUUACUGGAAUACUGUUAUUUAUUUUUUAAUACAUAAAGAUCUUUCCAUGUUCAUAACAGACUCUUACCAUCGCUGUCAAACCUACCGACCGAGUAAAAAAGAAGGCAAGUGAUAAUGACGUUUGCUAUGCACUGUGAGUAUUUUCUGUUACCUUCAAAAUGCUCUCAAACUAUUGGUUUUAUAGACUCCGCGUAUCCGUGCCUGAGCGGAAAUUGCGGUAGGUUUAUUAGGAAUCAUUCUAGCCCUUGCAGUUAACUUGCUAACGGGUUGAGCACUGUCAUAUUAAUGUCCUUCCAGGCCGAUAUACAAAUGCUGGUAAUGUCAUCCAGGAUUUAUUUUUGUUGACAUAUGAAGAGAUAAUUCAUGCAAACUGACAGUAUUUGAUCUCUUCCUGACACAGCAGCUCAGCGUUAAGUGAAAUGCUUAUGAUGUUGUUUAUUCUAGGCUAUGGCGGACUAGCAACCUCCUCAGGUGAGCGCAGUGUCUUCCAGUUACGCCUAAUUUUAACUGUAAAGCACAAUAAUAGCUAAAAAAAGUUUCAAUGAAUAUAGCGAAUUCAGUUUCUAGAACUUCCAAAAGUGAAACUGAAGCCGAUAGUAAUUCAGUACAGGCGUUUGUGCCGACCUUCGCGUAAAAAAACAUCCGGUCGGCCUCGACGUUUCAAUUUCACCAAUAACUAAUAUAAGCACAAUAAGUGCUUCUUUAGGAAUUAAAAGAAUACAAAGUAAAUAGUGAAUGCCCUCAAUAUUUCUUUUUUGAAAUGUUAGUUUGAAGAACGUGCUUUUGAUCUUGUUCUAAACUCGGAAAAUUAUUUGGCAAUUGACUUGCAAAACAUUGUGAGAAGGAUGAUAUCAGGGAAUCUCCAAUUGCCCUGCUUAAAUUUUCUUUAUCAUUAAUUUUCCCAAAUCAUUUUCCGUGUUAUAAUUAUUUUAAGAGAAAACUCAAAAUGACAGCACUAAAUAGUAUUUGAAAAUCAGUCAGACUUCUGCAGAUGCGCAAAUACACCAGCGAACUCUUUGCUAAGUACUGUCGCAAGCAAUCGGCACGCGGCAACGGAAGCUCUCAGUUUAAUCAGAAAGUUGUAUAUUUUGUAGCGGAGAGAGCGUGCUUAUUUUACUUCGUUAAGUCGAUGCUGUGAUAUCAUUGAACUUCCCGCAUAUACCUAGCCGCACGCGAAGUCACUAUAAAGUGAGAUUCACAGAUGGGAAUGAGGACAUCCUUGAACUGGAUAGUUGACAAUUUAACUUACCACAAGCAAAGGGAGAUAGCAUCCCCAUGGUGUCUAACAAUGCCCUGACCGUUCGCGAUCUGGUUCUUGGGGUGCAGGAUUUUACAAAACGGGAACUUCAUGACCAGUCUUCUGACACUCUGUAUUAUCAGACAACUAGAUUAUCUUACGCUAUGAUUCACGAUGCAGUUUGUCCUCUUUUUACUUUUCCCUCAUUUAGGAGAUAACUACUUCUUUGAACGUAAUGCACUUUGGUGCUUUCCUUCGCAUCGCUUGGUCUAACUCAUUACUGGUUUUCUUUUGUGCAUUACUAAUCCAGAUGUGCACAAGACAAAUCCAGCAAAAGAUAGACGCACGCGUUCUUAACUGUGCAUUUGACAACUAAAGCCUGCUCUGAUAAUUUUUGACACUUAAAAACACGUAUACGUGUUGCUGCAAAUGAUUUUUUUCAAAAAUAAUAACUCGAAGAUUGUUUAACAAGAUCAUUUGUUCUUAAAAUUUAGCCUCUCGCCCAUCAACCACACUGAGACCUGGCCCCCCUGAAAGUAAGCGAGAAUUCCCACCUCUGUGUGCAUAAUAUUCGCUCCAGGGAGAAGUUAAAACAUCUACCUAGUACUUACUUAUAUAUGGGCUUUACACCGUACGUCCAACAUAUAUGCUAGCUAAAAACCCAGAUCAAGCAAACAAUUUCAGAAAUUAUUCAGUGCAAGACAGAGGGCUAAGUCUCCGCGAAAUGACUUUUAGGGUCAUGCCCGAAAUUUCAAUGAACAUUCGAGUUGAAGACGAUAAACUGCAGUGGAAUAACCACUCAGUCGUGUCUUUUUGCUUUGCAGUUCUCUCUUGAGCUCCUCCAGCAGCCGCACAGCGACGCAUGAUAUAGGCAGACUUUUGUUACCGACAAAGCCAUUCCAGUUCCCUUGUCUUUGACGGUAAUAACAUUAUGCCCAUUUAUAUAUAUGGGCAGAAUGAUAUUACCGACAAAGACAAGGGAGACUGGAAUGGCCAUUUCUGGCUUAUUAGCCGUCGUCAGCCAGCCAUACCCAAGCCCGAAGUGUGGAACACCCGAGCCUCGAACUCGCGACCUGUUGGUUUAGAAGUCAACGCCUCUACUCACCGGGCCACGAGCCCGUUGCCCUGUCGGUUUUCGAUCGGAAAUAUACAAUGGUAGGGGGCGCUCACCGAUCGUUCAUACGGAACUCACUCGUUCCGUUGUGCCUUACGGGCUCUCUCUCCAGCCCACCCAGCAGCCGCACAGCGGCGCAUGAUAUAUAGGCAGAAUGAUAUUACCGACAAAGACAAGGGAGACUGGAGUGGCCAUUUCUGGCUUAUUAGCCGUCGUCAGCCAGCCAUACCCAAGCCCGAAGUGUGUGGCGUUGACUUCUAAACCAACAGGUCGCGAGUUCGAGGCUCGGGUGUUCUACACUUCGGGCUUGGGUAUGGCUGGCUAACGACGGCUAAUAAUCCCUAAAUGGCCAUUCCAGUCUCCCUUGUCUUUGUCGGUAAUAUCAUUCUGCCUAUAUAUCAUGCGCCGCUGUGCGGCUGCUGGUUGGGCUCGAGAGAGAGCCCGUAAGGCACAACGGAACGAGUGAGUUCCGUAUGAACGAUCGGUGAGCGCCCCCUACCAUCAUAUAUAUAUAUAUAUAUAUAAAACGGUUCUGUGUCAAUCUACCCCUCAGUCUCUGUUGCCUCUCCUCUACUAUCAUUGCUUGCCCGACUUCGGCCCGGCAGUUAGCUGCCUGUUCACGACCUCUGUCAAUUAUACGAGGCUUGUUUGCUUCGUGAAGCCAACUGGUCAGUGUGCACCAUCCCUGAAAGCGUGUGCUAUGCCAGUAUCAGCAAACCAUGGCCCUCAUAGCCUAGUAUGCGUUGGCAGUUCUCCAACACCUGGUGCCCUGCCGGCAAAUGCGCUUACGCUUCCGCUGGGUACACAGGUCAUGGGCAUGACUCCUCAGUCAUCCUCGUCUUUCUGCUGCUGAUGUCGUUGUUGAUGUUAUUGGGCAGAAUCUUGGUCGUUUGCUGUGUGGACGGGGGGGUGUGGUGGUACGCCUAAGCACGGGCUCGGCCGUGACAUGCAUCUGCGCCCCCCUCCACCUCCGGUCUUCCUGACUAUGUCUUGACGCCGGGUCCGUGUGGGGAGUAGGGGAAAGUGUGGUAGAUGCUGCGCAAGUCUUUUACCAAAAUGAAUUAAAUCACGCAAAAAUCACCGUGCCUGCUAUCACCUUGCCGUGGAGCGUGUAGUGGGCAUCGUCGGCAACAACCGUCAAAAUUCCGAAUACAUAUACAUAUAUGAGGUUAUCAAUAAAGAAAGGGAAGGGCGAGAUAGCCAUUCCUGACGUAUCAGCCGCCACUGGCCAUUCCUCCCCAAGCCCCAUGUUUUCGAGACCCGAGGUUCGAACCCGCGUUCUUUAGUUUUCGGAUGUAAGUCUGUACAACAACUAAACCAGUGAACUCCAGACUCCUUUUCCCGUCGGUUGUGAACGAGAAAAUUAAAUUUGAUAGAAGAACGCCCAUCGAUCUGACUGUGAGGAUGCUCGUCUUGCUAUGCCUUGAGGCAGAGUUUAAAGUUAUCGCAGGUGGUCCUAUAGAGAUAGGGGAGAUUGGGACGGCGAUUUCUGACCUAGUAUCUGUCCUCCCGAAACCAUUCUCAAUCCCAAGUCAAAAUAAUUUGGUACUUGAACCCGCGUUUAACCACAGAGCCCUCAGAUGCAAUCCCAUAGCAACCAGCAGCAAAUUCAGAAAGGGAUUACGGAGGGAGAGCAUCGGAUAGACUGGAAUAAGCUUCCUAUCCUUGAGCCUUAAACCACUCUUACACGAGCAAGCGCUUUGAAUCAGUUACGUAAGGCAAGGCAACUGCAUUUGGAAGAAGAAGAACAGCGAUCUUUACUUUAUUCAGGAUUGGAGAGGGAACUUCGAAUAAGUUCACUAUCGAUAAAAAAGAGACGCACAACUGCAUUUAUAACUGUCUGGUGCGGUUUUUCUUUGUGACCGUGACUCAUUUUGCUUCAGGGAUUUCCGCAUAAUAAUUGCAAUUUCCAAAUCGGAAUUUUAUGCUUCAUUUCUAAUGUCUGAAUUGCAUUUUUGUUAAAGGUGGCUUGUACACCGAAGAAGACCUGGCAAGACUCUACUUCUAUUAA